CAAAUAUAUUGUCGAAUUUGUGUUCCAGUGCCGUCCAACAGAUUGGUUUGGCAAGGGGUGCCAAGAAAGAAUUGAAGAAGCUGGAAAUCACCAUGUCCACCGUAAAAAAUGUGCUUCAGGAAGCUGAGGAACGGCAGGUUACAAAUCUUGCAGUGAGAGGAUGGCUGGAACGGCUCAAAGAAAUAGUUUACGAAGUUGAUAACUUGGUGGAUGAAUUUGCAUAUGAGGCCUUGCGAAGGAAAGUAGAAAUUCAUGGUAGCAUGAGAAGGGAGGUAUGCAACUGCUUUUUACACUCGAAUCCAUUUGUAUUUCAUUUUGGUAUGGGUAAGAAAACAAAGGAUGUUAGGCAGAGGUUAGAUGAGAUCGUAGCAGAGGCAAACGAUUUUAAUUUUGCAAUUAAAGUCGUAGAAAAACAAGUUCAAACUAGAAGAAGGCAGGAAACCUACUCCUCUGUGCGUAUAGAAGUAGUUGGCAGAGAAAGUGAUAAAGAAGCUAUUAUACAAAUUUCAAAAUCCUUUAAUGAUGACCAAAAUGUUCAUGUCAUCCCUAUAUUAGGGAUGGGGGGUAUAGGGAAGACCACACUUGCACAGUUGGUGUACAGUGAUAAUUGGGUUGCAAGUGAAUUUAGUCAAAGAAUAUGGGUGCAUGUAUCCAAGGAUUUUGACAUAACAGGGAUUGUACUAAAAAUUCUGAAUGCAGUUGGAGUAAAUGAAUGCGAUAAGUUAGCAUUUGAAGAGUUGCAAAGGCGCCUCCAACAAAAACUGAGGGAUAGGAAAUUUUUUCUUGUCUUGGACGAUGUAUGGAAUGAGGAUCGAGUUGAAUGGAUUAAACUACGAGAUCUAUUGAUGGUUGGGGCCCGAGGAAGUUUGAUUAUUGUUACCACACGUAGCAAUAAAGUGGCUUCACUAAUGGGAACAUGCUCCCCACACAUUCUUAAGGGUCUUUCGGAUGAGGACUGCCUGUCUGUGUUUGUUAAAUGGGCAUUUAAUGAAGGAGAUGAUAGAAAACAUCAGAACCUAGUCAAUAUUGGAAGAGAGAUAGUGAAAAAAUGUGGUGGAGUUCCUCUUGCGGCAAGGACUUUUGGAGGCCUAUUGUACUUAGAGUUUGAUGUGCGUGAUUGGAUGUUGGCUAGAAAUAAUGAAAUCUGGGCCAUUGUUCAAAAUGAAAAUGAUAUUAUGCCCGUAUUGAGGUUGAGUUAUGAUCAAAUGCCAUCAUAUUUGAAGCAAUGUUUCGCCUAUUGUUCAUUGUUGCAGAAGGAUGAAAAAAUUGAAAAAUGGAGGCUCAUCUAUCUUUGGAUGGCGCAAGGAUUCAUCCCGUUAUCCCACCACAACAAAGAAUUGGGAGAUAUAGGAGAACGUUAUAUAUCUGAGUUGGUGAAGAGAUCUUUUCUCCAAGAGGAAGGUCAAGGAUAUUAUAAAAUGCACAGUCUUGUACAUGACCUUGCACAAUAUGUGUCAAGUGGUGAGUGCUUCACAAUUAAAACUAUUACAGAACCAAUUCCUGAAAUUGUGAAACAUGCAGUCUUCUGUUUGUCUUUGGAAGAUCUAAAAAUUGUGAAGUCAAUGAAUUUCCGUACCAUUCUUUGUUCUGAGCUUAGUUGCAACAGCUAUGUCCAAACAAUAGUCUCAAGUUUUAGAUACCUACGUGUGUUGGAAUUGAAUUGUCUCACAGGUGACGUGCCAAGUUCUAUUGGAGAACUAAAGCAUUUAAGGUAUCUUGUUGUUGAAGCCACCUUUCACAAGAUUACACUUCCUGAAUCCAUUAGCAAGCUGCUAAACUUGCAAUAUUUGGACCUUCGCAUGCCAUGCCAGCUCUUCUUUGAACUGCCCCAAGGUGUUGGCAAGCUAAUCAACUUACUAUGUUUAUCUUUGGUUGAUACACCUUUAGUCUGCUUGCCGGAUGAGAUUGGGCGACUAACUACACUCCAGACACUAAGAAUAUCUGGGUCGAAGUUGAUCAAGUCCUUGCCUGAAGGGAUACAACACCUCUGUUGCCUUCGCUACUUGGAAAUUUGCAGUUGUAAUGAGCUGACUUCACUACCGUCUGGCAUGCAAUACCUCACUUCCCUUGAGGAAUUAAUAAUUAUGCGUUGUCAAAAUCUUAUCUUCACCGAGAAUGAUUUCCAAGGGCUUAAACGCCUUAGGUCACUAACCCUGUAUUAUCUACCAAAGUUGAUUAAUUUUCCAAAGAGGCUUCAAGAGUCUGCUGCCACACUGGAGCAUAUUCGAAUUGUUUUUUGUCAAAAUUUGACAUCUCUAUCAGACUGCCUUGAGUAUCUCACUUCCCUAUGGAAGCUUGAGCUAUGCUUUUGCCCAAGUGUGAGGCCAUUACCAGAGAGGACAAAAUGUCUCACUGAGCUAACAAUUCUUCAGGAUGGAGACGAUUGGUACGUGAUAAAUGAUUUCCUAGAACCAUUUGAGGGAGAAAAUGUACAUCGGAUAGUUAAGGUGUUUUUGCUGGAAUAUAAGUUGAUGAAGAUAUGGAAUGCGAAGCCUAAUCUAAAGAUGUAUUAAGAUGAGCCGUGGUUGCAGUAACUCUAUUUGGGUGUAGUACCAAAACAAAGAUAAGUUGACAAUGUGGAGGUUGAGCAUGAGGUGGAUCUAGAUGUUGAUCCUGGUUAUGAGGCUUAAGGAUUGGGUCAUCUAGUUUUGAUUAUCAUGUUUUCCCUUUGGAAAUAUGUUGCAAACUCUUAUAGUUAUUGUGGAAUUCAACCUAGUAUUUUGGUUCACUGUUUUGAUUUAGUGUGAUUGGGAUAUAAACCUUAUGUUAUUGACGGAUUACUACUUUGGGUCUUCAACGAAUGAUUAAGUUUUGGUAUAAAUGACUUGUUAGAAUGAC